AUGCCCGACACCAUCCCCCUCCCACCCCCCUUCUCCACCAUCCCCCGAACCCCCCUAACCCUGGGCCCCUCGCCCAUCCACCCCCUCCCCCGAAUAACCGCCGACCUGAACCAAACCGCCACCAUCUACGCCAAACGCGACGACCUCAACUCCGGCCUCGCCUACGGGGGCAACAAGACCCGGAAACUCGAGUACCUGGCCGCCGACGCCUUAGCCCAGAACGCCACGACGCUGGUUUCCAUCGGCGGCGUGCAAAGCAACCACACACGGCAGGUGGCGGCGGUGGCGGCGCGAUUGGGGCUCAAGGCGCGGCUGGUGCAGGAGCAUUGGGUGGACUGGGAGGAUCCGGGGUAUGAUGUUGUGGGGAAUAUUCAGUUGAGUCGGCUGAUGGGGGCGGAUGUAAGGAUGGAGGAUGCCGGGUUUGGGAUUGAGCAUAAGGAGACACUGAAGAAGUUGAGGGAGGAGUGUGAGGGGAAUGGGGAGCGGCCGUAUUAUAUUCCUGCGGGGGCGUCGGAUCAUCCGUUGGGUGGAUUGGGGUUUGCGAGGUGGGCGUUUGAGGUCAGGGAGCAGGAGCGGGAGAUGGGGGUGGUGUUUGAUGAUGUGGUGGUUUGUGCGGUUACGGGGUCCACGAUGGCGGGCAUGGUCGCUGGCUUUAAGUUGAUUGAGAAGUUGUAUCCCGGGGAAAAGAAGAAGAGGGUCAUUGGCAUUGAUGGGUCGGCGAAGCCCGUGGAGACGAAGGCGCAGGUGUUGCGGAUUGCCAGGAACACGGCUGUGCAGAUUGGAUUGAAGGAAGAGGAUAUUACCGAGAAGGAUAUGAUUCUCAAUGAGGACUAUCAUGCCGGCACUUAUGGCAUUCCCGAUAAGGCGACGUGGGAGGCCAUUGAGUAUGCCGCGCGGAUGGAGGCGUUUAUUACGGAUCCAGUAUACGAGGGAAAGAGUUUUGCGGGAAUGGUGGACUUGAUUAAGAAAGGGGAGAUUACGGGCAAUGUGCUGUAUGCGCAUCUGGGUGGGCAGUUGGCCCUCAACGCUUACUCGCGCCUUGGGGAGACGAAAUAG